AUGUCAAAAUGCGGAACGUCUUUCGACUGCAACGAAGGGGUUGGCGGUCCACCCAUGAAGAGAGAACGUAAAGAAUAUAGAGAAAAAGCCGGGAGAAAAUACCUGAAGCACAACAGAAAAAUACAUAAGAAAUACAGAAGGAACAACAAAAAGAAAAAAAAAAGAGUAAAAGGAAAACGGGACAAGGACAACAGAAAAAAUACAAAAAGAACACAAAUAGAACACGGCUCUAAAGAGCACAAAGAGGACAUGAAGAAUAGGAAGGAAAGCAUAGAAAACACAGAAAACAGAGAGAGAAAAGAAAGAGAAAUCAGAGAGAACAAGGAGGUCCAACAAAGCAGAGAGAUAACAGAAAGAACAAAGAGAACGCAGAAAGAGAAGUCAAAGAGGAUAGUCAGAAAAAACAGAGUAAACAUGGAGAACAGAGAACACAAAGAAUUUAGGGAACAAAACAGAGAUAACAGAAAUAGUACAAAGAUAACAGCUACAGAACAGAAAGAAAAAGAAGACAGAAUAGAGAGAGAACGGAAAGAGAACUUACGGAGAACUGAUGCCCAACAAGCAGGGUACAGAGGGAAUAAGAAAGAAGAGAAAGGUAUAGAACACAGAGAGAACAGGGACAGAGUAGAGAGCGAACACAGGGAGAACAGAGGUAAAGCAGAGAAGAAACAGAGAGGGAACAGAAAUAAUGGAGAUAGAACGGAGAAAGAACAAAGGACGCAGAAAGAACACAGAGAGUACAGAGAGAAAAACUAG